GAUUAGCUUCUGCCAGAAGAUUAAUUUUAAGCUUGAACAUAGAAUAGACUGAUAUAUGUUAUGCAAUUCGUAAUUUAUCUCUAAAAUUUAACACCAUCUAUCUUGUGAUUUUGGAAUUAACAGAAGGGAUGGUUAAACUCUUAUGAUAAAAUAGGUGAAAAUGGAAAAAUAAACGAGACUAAAAACAAACCAGAUAAACAAUUUCAAUCGUGCUCCUACCAAUGUAUGAAGUUGCAAAGUUGCAGAAAUCACUUUCCAUUGUUAGCUACCAAUUGUGUGUUUACUUUGUAUAUGAUAUCCAGUGGAAAACGACAACUUCUUCAGUUCCAGGAUAGUUGUCUAGUAAACUAGGAAAGAUGAAGCUGUUUGGUCUUACGAUUCUCUAUUGUGUCUUGAGAUGGAAUUCCUUCUCUUCAAGUUUAACAGUUUUUGAAAGCAAGAAUAUACCCAUAGUUGUUAUUACCUGGAAUUACUUAAAUGCUUCUCAUACAGCAUGGGAUGUAAUUAAUGAACAAGGACGAAGUGCCUUAGAUGCCAUUGAAGAAGGUUGUACUAAAUGUGAAAGUAUGCAAUGUCGAACAACAGUUGGGUUUGGAGGCAGCCCUGAUGAACAAGGCGAGACCACUUUAGAUGCAAUGAUUAUGGAUGGGGUGAAGAUGGAUGUUGGAGCUGUAGGAGGAUUGAGGAAUAUUAAAAAUGCUAUAUCUGUGGCUAGAAAGGUUUUGGAUAAUACUAGACAUACUUUACUUGGAGGCGAACAAGCUAUGCAAUUUGCCCUUGAAAUGGGAUUUCAAAAAGAAUCUUUGGAAACAGCCGAGUCGAGAAAUAUGUGGCUAAAAUGGAAAGAAAAUAAAUGUCAACCAAAUUUUCGUAAGAAUGUAGAGCCAGAUCCCACAAAAUCAUGUGGCCCUUAUCACCCUAUAACUGAUUCGAAGCAGAUCAAAGAUGAGCGUACAAUUGCAAGUGAAGAUAAUCAUGAUACAAUUGGAAUAAUUGCGAUUGAUAACAAUGGCCAUAUAGCUGCUGGAACUUCUACUAAUGGUGCCAAAAAUAAAAUUCCUGGCAGAAUAGGAGAUUCCCCAAUUCCAGGAGCAGGUGCUUAUGCCGAUCAAGAAGUUGGUGCAGCUGCAGGAACUGGCGAUGGUGAUAUUAUGAUGCGUUUUGUGCCAAGUUUUCUUGCUGUGGAGGAAAUGAGACAUGGAGCAUCUCCAGCUAAAGCAGCCAAAACUGCAAUUGACAGAAUUGCACAGCAUUAUCCGAACUUUUUUGGUGGAAUAAUCGCUCUCAAUAAAGAUGGUGAAUUUGGCGCAGCUUGUAAUGGAAUGGACAGCUUCCCUUUUUAUGUAAGCAAUCCACUCUUAGGAGAACCAACCAUCCAUAAUGUUCCAUGCGCUAAAUAAAUAUCGCAGAUAAUAAUAUUUUUUGUUUUGGAAUAUAAUAACGAAUUGUACGUAUAAAUAUAAACAGCAAUUGAUGCAAUA